ACCUUGGGAUUGAGGACCAGCUUUCUUUCAAUUGUCUCAAUAGCCACUUUUCACACGUAUUCAUGGUCACGUUCUAACAAUCAACAACCCUUCUUCCUUAUAAUCAUCAAGCUGUUGCCGAUGAUUGCUACGAGAAGCCCCAUUGUCGGCUUCUAUUGUCUCGUCAACGGCGUUCAUUGACGAGUCGUCAAAUCUUUAAUGACCUCUUACUGUACACCCCUUCAAGCGUGCUUCCAUCAAACGCCUCCCUUCCAUCAUCAUCCACCAUUACCCACCAACAACAAUCCAUCCGUCCUUCUUAAUAUCAACUCUAACCUGGCAUCUCCAUCACUGGCCGCCAUUUCACUCAUCCCCCCCGUGACUCUCACCUUUGAGGGUCACAUCCAACCCCCAGUGCGAAAUCAUCACAUUUCCUUGGACCCGCUCGCAAAAUGUCCAGAAAUGGCGAUGAAGGCGGCUCUCGUGCAGGUCACGGGCCAAACACCUCGACCUCAUCACGUCCACGUCUGAUCGUCAAACUCCCCGUCCCCAGUCUCCGCACCAUGAGCAUCUUCUCUCAUCCUCCCACUAAUUCCCACGCCGCCGCCGCCACCGCGUCCUCGGCCCUCCCGGCGCACCCCCCAGCAAACGCUCCCAAGCGCCGCGGCCGCCCGCCCAAAAACCUCCACAGGCCGGAUUACGCGCCGCCGCCACCAAAACCAAAGGUAUCUGACCUCCCCAAACCCCUCGCCACGCGCUCGAGCAAGCGCAAGGCUGCUGAGAUGAGUGGGGAGCCGGGGGCCGGCGCUGGGGGUGGUUCGGUUACGGGUGAUGGGGAUGAGGAGGAUUUUGACGGCAACCACCAGCCACCGCGCAAGAAGUCACGUUCGGUGUCGCAGGCUCCAGCGGUGAGGAUCUCGACUAGGAAUCGGGGACGGAGACAGUCGAAUUCCGAGGGUGCUAAUCUGGAGGGGGCGGAGGAAAUUGCUAAUGGUCACGUUACGCCGGCGGCGUCGCUGCACAAGGAGUCGUCGCAGUCGGAACGGGAAAUUCAGGUUGCGAGGACUUCAUCACGUGCUAGGAAGCAGGAGAACUUGACGUCGAGCAAUGAGCUUAUGGCUUCUAUUGAGCCUCAUGAGCGCCUGGAGAGAGAUGGAGGUGCGAUGGGUGUUACUACGAGAGCUGGUGCUAGAACCAGGUCUACUUCAAUCAAAGCUCAUGCAGCUACCCAGGAUGACGACACCAUUCUAUCUGUUGUCGCCACAGAAGAAGUAUUGGAUGCUGUUAACGGUGAAGCUGAUGGCAUUCAAUCCGACGCCGGCACUCCUCUGAAACCAAGAGGCCGGGGUCGCUGGCCAAACGGCGCUAUCAAAGCCAAGGCAAUGGUAGCAGCGCUUUCCAAGAAAGCUGCAUCAAAGAAAAAGGGUGCACCGGGAAAGAGAAAAACUUCUGAUGAUGCAGUCGUGCAAGCGGUUUACGACAGGCAAGCACAUCUCAGGUCGUCAUAUAAAGACCUCCGCAAGAUCAUCAUAAGAGCCGAGCAGGCGCUGCUUGAUCGCGCACUAGAGGAAUUAGAGGAAGAUCCGGACCGCCACAAGAAGACGCCGUAUUAUGAUAAUGUAAUGAAGGGCCUCGAUGCGCGUCAUACCAAGGUGUUGGCGCAGAAUGAGCGGAAGGACAUGUUGAAGAGGGAUUUGUUGGAGAGGAGGUUUGAGGCCAAUGUGGCUAGCACGUGGCAGCAGCAUAAUCUGGAGGUCAAGGAAUUGCAGGAGAAGUAUGAGAUGAUCUGCAAGCGCGCUAUUAUGGAUAUCUUGAAGCGGGCAACUCGUGAUGACGACGAUGCUGCAACUGUUUCCGAGAUUGAGACUCUGGAUCCCGCCCACGUAUCAGCUGUGUUGGAGGGCGCGGAAGAAAAUGAAACUGAAGAGGUACCCACGCCAGUGGAACUUGAGAUCAAGAAACCUGUACCGAGAGGAAGAAAGAGCGCCAAAAGGCGCAUUGCAGACGACGAGCCGCUUGGAAGACGGGUUGCAAAGCGUCACGCGCCUGCUAUGCUUUCUGCCACCACCCAGGGCGGAGAAGAUUCAGAAGCAGAAGUAGCUCCUGAGGCUCCCCCGAUUAUCACAACACCGAGCCGCCAAAGAAAUAAGUACCAGUUUGACGAGUAUGGCGUGUGCGUCCCUACUGAGUCAAAGAAGGGCGCUCAGAAGGAAGAGCCGAAUAACAGGGCUGUUGUUAAGCCGUGGAUCACAUUUACGAAUGAUGAAAUUGGCCUCCGAAACUACCCUGAGGAGAUCAAGGAGACUAACAGAGGCCCAAUACCCAGUGGUUAUAUCCACCUUGAUCAGUUCAGAGGCAUUUAUGAUAUUUCCGGUAGGGCCGAAGACUACGAUGAGGAACUUAUCAGCAGACACCUCCUCCAUCCGAGGAUGGGUCUUCCUGUUCCUGGCUCCAUUAACCCCGACAAUGCCGUGCCCCCCACGGACUGGACAAAGGUCCUGAAAAACACACCUGCGCCCAUUUACAUUCGCGAUGAGGAGUACCCCGAGGGACAGUCCACAUCCAAGUCUUGGAAUAUGAUCAUGACUGAGCGGGAGUGGAAGGAGCUUGAGAGGCGUAUGGAUGCUGGGAUGAGCUUGAGAGUCGGCUUGGGCAGGACCGGAUUGGCGACGUUCGAUGCGAUUGCAAGGGAUAAGGAUCUUCAGAGUGAUAUGAUUGAGGACAUCCUGGCCGCGUCACAGAUUAUCGAGAAGGAGCUCAAGGAGAAAUUACAGCGCUCAGUGACUCCACAGAAGAAAGAUGCUACUCCGGCAGUCGAGGAAGCUGCUCCUAUCGAGCGACCACCAACUCCAGACACGGCAAAGCUUCUCCUCCUCGCCGACGCCAUCGAGAUGUCCAUCCUGGAACCAAAAGUACAAUCCCCCCCACCACCUCCACCACCUCACCCCAUCCACCGCGCCAGCUUCACACAAGCACCACCCGUGCAACAAGCACCUCCCACCCCAAGAAGCCAGGCCCAAAUGCUCAGCAUAGCAUUCAUCAACAACCCCAGCCCGAGCCACAACGCCCUCCCCCCGCUCGCACCACAAGUGCCACCGCCACAACAACAACAGCAUCAGCCGCAACAACAACAACAACAGCAGCGCCCCUACCCCGGCCCCGUCAUGAUGGCCGGCCCCCCACCCCACCAACAACCACCACCACCCCCCCCUCCCCAGCGAACAAUGCAAAUGCAAUACCCCCCCAUCCAACCCCACCCCCCAACCUCUUUCUACGGCCCCUCCAACAGCCCCUCCCUCCGCACCUCACGCUCUUCUUCCGGGCUCCGAAACAUCCUCCCGCGCGCGAUCCCGAAUGAAGUCCCCCGCCAACACCAUCGGUACCAGCAGCCUCCUCCUCCUCCUCCUCCGCCGCCACAACAGCAGGCGCCACAGCAGCAGCAGCACCAUAUGCCGCAUGAGCAUCAGAGGUUUUACGAGGGGCCGGUGCAGUUACCGCCGUAUUUGGGGGGGGAGCAGCAGCAGCAGCAGUAUGGAGGGGGGGGGUAUAGACAGGUUGCGCCGAGGCAGCCGUAUAGUCCGUAUCCGCCGCCGCAGCAGCAUCCGCAGCAUCAGGGGCAUCAGAUGCAUCAUCAGCAUGGUCAGCCGCAGCAUGGCCAGUCGCAGCAUAGUCCGUUGCAGCACCAGGGUCAGCCGCAGCAUAGUCCGUUGCAGCAUCAUCAGAGUCCGCAUACGCAUCAUGGGAGUCCGCAUCAUCCGCCGACGCAUCCGAGUCCGCGUCGUUAAUCGUGGCAGGUUGUGGCGUCUGUACCUGGUAUCGGGAAAUAUCCCUACCUUACCACGGCUUAUUCUACAGAAGUGGUACAUUUGUAUAAUACAUACCCAGCCGUCUCAUCUACCUUCCCCACCUUUCGAAGAGAAGGUGGGAGGGUUGACGGCCUAUUGUAUUUUAGUCUUCUCAAAUACGUUUUUUUCGUUCUUCUUCUCUCUUUUCGUCUUGCAUAUGGACUCGGGGAUAUUGUCGUCUCAUUCAGCGUCUUUACGUUCUUUUUUUGUUUUUCUGUUUGGUUUGGUUGUUUUUUGCGUGGUUAUGGAGGGGUCAGGCUCAUGAUGGAUUUUGAACAUGCUCCUUGGGCUGGAAUGGCUUUUUGCUUGCUUUUCUCUUCUUUCUGUUCUCAUUUUUUUUGGGUGGGUGAUGAGUUUUUGUGCAUUUUUUGGAGGAAAUAUGGGAACGCGGGGGACGGACGAGAAUGAAGAUGAGAAGUUCUGCUACCGAUUGAUCGAUUGGCGAGUGGGAAGGUGCCUGGCAGCGCUGGGAGCUUGGUUCUUGUGGCAUAUGCAGGCACUGGCAGUGGAGGGUUUAGGAUAGGAUAGUAGGAUGACGGGGAGGUUUGGUUUGUUAAUACCCCAUCUGGAGAGAAGGGUGGGUGGACAAGACAAGACAAGACAGACAGACAGACAGAGAGACAGACGGAUGGACAGAAUGAAUGAAGGAAGGAAACAAAAUUACAAUUAUUUAAAAUUACAACCCUUC